UUUUCUAUCACCACCGUCACAGAUGCCCUCUUCCUCUCCGCCGCUCAUUCCUCCUGCCAUCUUCCUCUAUUAGCUCUCUGGGACUUCCUCAUUGGCUCCUUUCAGAUUUUCUUCUAUCACCAUUGUCACAGAUUUUUUGCCGUCAUCCAACGUCCGCUGCCCUCUUCCUACCUGCCGCCGUCCAUCCCUCCUCCCAUCUCCCUCGAUUAGCCCUCUGGGGUUUCCUCAUUGACUCAUCGUUUGCAUUGGAUUUUCAUCUGGAUAUAAGUAAAACAAAUAUAUUAGAUCCAUUAGGUGGUGUUCAAAUUGAAAGAGACAAGAUGGCUGGCCAAUCAAACCAUGAGCUUUCACUGUUUUCAGCAGAGGAGCUUGAGUUCAUUGCUGAGGAUGAGAUCGUGGACAUUGUGCCCAAUCUAAAAAUGGGACCUCUCAAUUUCAUUUGUGGAGAUUUUGGCCCAUUUACGCCUCAGAUUGUUACUCAAGUACCGCUGUGGUUGGCCAUUGCUCUCAAGAAGAGAGGCAAGUGCUCCAUUCGGCCUCCCCAGUGGAUGUCCGUAGAGAAGUUGAGUAAAGUUUUGGAGGAAGAGCGAGACUCUCAAGAGAUGUCAGAUCAAUUGCCAUUUCAUUAUGUGGAAAUCUCAAGACUUCUUUUUGAUCAGGCACGUGAUAACAUUCCCGAUUUAUAUAUGGUGAGAUCCUUAAUAGAAGAUAUAAGAAAUGUAAGGUUUCAUAAAGUUGAAACCAACUUGGAAGAAUUUAAUGGUCGUACAAUUGCUGUUAAGAUAAAAAAUUUGUCUGCAAUGGAAGUGAAUAUUGUUCGUCCAUUUAUUGGAAGAGCUUUACAAGCAUUUUAUACGCAUGAUAGUCCAGAGUUGAUACCAGACCCUGAGAGAGUUUCUGAUAGAAGACCCCAAGUUGUCAACAAUGCUCCCAGAAGACCAUUACGACGAUAGUUAUUAUCUAUCACAUUGGCAAGCUUUAAAGGUGCAUAUGUCGUGAGAUUUGCUUCUCAAUUUGUUCGCAUAAUUAUUUGUUAAGAAUAGGAAAAAACACUUGGGAAUUUACAUGGUUAUGCAAAUGUAUCUGAAUGUAGUUAAUUUUAUUUGUAGAAUUAAGUAUUUAA